GCAGCAGCUUGUGGGACCUCGUAUGGACGAAUUCACUACUAUAUUUUCUACUGUAUGACACGUUAAAAAAUUACUUCGUUAACUGUGAAGCACUUUUGGACGUCCUGAUGUCGAAAAGCGCUUGGUUUAUUAUGCCUGAUCCGAAACGAGUGCUUUGGACGUAGUGCAGACCACGCCGACAUGUUCCCCGUUGCUAGGAGACGCAGGCAAGCGUCUUCGGCCGACCUGAUCACGUGGUGUCUGGACUGUGCCACGAUUUGGAUAUCGGGGUGGUGGUAUUCGGUACACAGGCGGUGGAAGGCAGCGAGCGGCGUCUGGACGCCAGGCUAAGGGGUCGACGGAUGUAUAAGCUGUCCUGCUUCGGAGGCUGAUGGCACAGAGAGGAAUGAUACUCUGCACCUGCAGUACCGGCGAUAUGUGAGCGUUCGGUUUCCCCUCCUGUCAUCGUGUCCGGGCCCGUCGCUGCAGGCUGGAGGGUUUUCCUGGCGUUGGCCCGUCGCCGUGGCUUUGCGCCCUCCCUGUCGGAAAGUGAGUUAUGUUUCAGGCAUGGCUGCACGGAGGCUGCUCUAAUGCAGUCAAACAGCUGUGAAGUGGCGGUCGUUGCGGCUUCCGGCUAAGACACGGACUUUACGCUGAGCAGUCAUAGGCCCUGAGUGGGGCCUGUGUUAUUCCAAGUCUCAGUGGUGGGUUCGGUUCUCCUGCCUUUCGACCAAACAACGGCCUCUGGCGUACACUGAACCGGAACUUGUUCCUGCUCUGUCAGUGUUUCUUCAGGGAUCAACGUGUCGUAGUAUAGUAGGAACAGGUUGGAAAGCAGCAGAGUGUUGAGUGCGCAGUUUAGUCUUACAAGGUAUGCCGAAUCAGUGGGGCAAAGAUCUCACUGGGCUUUAAGAGGAGAUUAUUUAUUCAACGUUGGCAUAGUAAUGCUGUGCCUUCCGCUUUGCUGGUGCAUAUUUAAAUAUCUAGCUGAGAAGAAGAUGCUGCCUGGACUUCUGAGUUCCUCCAGCAUUUUGUGGGUCUUGCUCUUAAAAAAAGUGGCUGUAACCAUAAGAUCUGCACAUCAUUCUUGACUUCUGAAGAACCAUCUGAAUAACAUCAUCUCCAGAUCGAACAAAAGGAUAGAUGGAAAUUGAACAAAUGGGAUAAGGAUCUUUACGACUGUGUCAUAUUGAGAGUGAAGAAAUCAGAUGAUGGAAAGAUAUUCCUGGAGAUGUCUCUGGGUCAGCUACUACGACGGGCUUCCUCCAAAGCCUCUGAUCUCCUGACCUUUAAUCAGACAAGUGGAUCUUCCAGAAUUCUUGAUGGUGAAAUUAUUUACUCCAAGAACAAUGUCUGUGUUCAUCCUUCAGACGUGCUGCGAGUUCUUGGAGAACAUCACCCAGGAUACUUAUGCAUACACUUGGAAAAAGAUGAAUUACUGGGAACUACUCUUAUUGUCACCUGGAUCCCAAACACUCGUAUCCAACGACAAGAUGAGGAGGCUUUAAGGUAUAUCACUCCUGAGAGUUCUCCAGUACGAAAAGUACAUCGUAGGAGAUGCCGGCAUGCACGUUCCACUGUUGUGCACCAACCUCAAAACAAUAUAACACAAAAACAAGCUUCGACUUCGCCAGAGGAUGAUGAGAUUAUAACUGUGUCACAGAACAUAACUAACUCCAUGUACAUUGGUUCACCAGAGACACAGCAGAAUGAAUCACAGCAUUCCCUCAGUUUGCACAGCACUCAUGGACCAUUGCUGCAAGUUCACAAUGAUUCGGAAAAUACUUCAGAAAUUGCUUCAUCAUUAACUUGCCGUGAUGACCGAAAAGAUCUGGAGGUUCCAGCACAAUAUCAGGAUGAGGCUAAUAAUAAGUGGGAACAAGAACAGCAUGAGGCAACGUAUGAUCUUACUGCCGAUGAUGUCAGCAGGGACAGCGUGAUUGGGUCGGACUCUGACUCUUUCUCCUCUCCAUUAUGCCUCUCUCCAAUUGCUGACCCAUUGGCAGAGAGUAACAGAUCUGUGUUUCUUGAUGCAGAAAGCAGAGAGAUGUGCGAAGAACAUAUGGCUCAUUUGGCGAGCUCCAUCUCAGACCACUCCUCUGAUGCAGGGUACACUUUGCAGUUUUCUGAGAAUUGCACACAACCGCAUAACACAAAAUGGGAAGAGCAGCAGAAGGUGUUGGCACUUGAGCAACUCUAUGGUGUUUUUAGAGUUGAUUUGAGCCAAAUGCGAUCACUGCGCCUUUUUUUCAGUGAUGAAGCAUGCACGUGCGGACAACUUGUCAUCGCGAGCCGAGAAAGCCAGUACAAGAUCUUCCACUUCCACCGUGGUGGACUUGAUAAACUCAGUGAAGUUUUUCAACAAUGGAAAUAUUGCACUGAGACUCAUCAAAAGGACCAGGUGUCUGAUGUAAAGGCUUGUAUGCAGUUCUCAAUAAAGCGCCCAAACCUUCCGUCAACUGAAACUCAUCCUGAGGAAAACAUGUAUAAACGGUUGGAUGUCACUAUUUGGCUGAACCACCUGAAUGAAAUUGGCCAGAUGGAAGAGGAAUACAAACUCCGCAAGGCAAUAUUUUUUGGUGGUAUUGACCCUGCAAUCCGUGGGGAGGUCUGGCCAUUUCUGUUACAGUUUUACAGCUGUGAGUCAACGUCAGAAGAACGAGAAGCUCUCCGUAUUCAGAAGCGUUUGGAAUAUGAGGAACUCGAGCAAAAGAGAUUGUCGAUGACUCCUGAAGAGCAGGAGGAAUUUUGGCGAAAAGUUCAGUUUACUGUUGAUAAAGAUGUGGUUCGAACUGAUCGAUCCAAACAGUUCUUCAAAGGGGAAAACAACCCCAAUGUGGAAUUAAUGAGGAGAAUUUUGCUGAACUAUGCAGUUUACAGCCCUGAGGUAGGGUACUCUCAGGGAAUGUCAGAUCUGGUGGCUCCAAUCUUGUCAGAAGUCAGGGAUGAAUCCGACACAUUUUGGUGUUUUGUUGGACUGAUGCAAAAUACAAUUUUCAUCAGCUCUCCGCGGGAUGAUGAUAUGGAGAAACAGUUGUUGUACCUAAGAGAGUUGCUGAGGUUGAUGCACCCCCGUUUUUACCACCACUUGGUGUCCUUGGGUGAAGAUGGGCUCCAGAUGCUAUUCUGUCACCGGUGGAUUCUCCUCUGCUUUAAACGCGAGUUUCCUGAAACGGAGGCACUCCGCAUUUGGGAGGCGUGCUGGGCUCAUUAUCAGACUGACUACUUCCACCUGUUUGUUUGUGUGGCUAUUGUUGUGAUUUACGGGGAUGAUGUAAUUGAACAACAGUUAGCGACAGACCAGAUGCUGCUCCAUUUUAGCAACCUGGCCAUGCAUAUGAGUGGGGAGAUCGUCCUAAGGAAGGCUCGGAGUCUUUUGUACCAGUUUCGCCUCUUGCCCAGAAUCCCCUGCAGCCUACAUGAUCUUUGUAAGCUGUGUGGCACGGGAAUGUGGGACAGUGGAUACAUCCCAGCUGUGGAGUGCACAUUGAAUCACUUAGAUUUUGACAGUUGUCCAUAUGGUGGGACAUCUGCUACUCCAUCUCCAAGAUCAGCACAAGAAGGCAAAAAAGGAGCUAAAGAUGUUUUCACAUUCCUGAGAUAAUCAUAUUUUGUGCUGAAAACUCUAGUACGUUUUGAAAGAUUGUUCAGGAAGUGGUUUACCUGAGAGAGGCUGAACCUGUGGUCUUAGUAACUGUAGUUUUUUGAUAGCUGAGGGCUAGUGUUGGUAUGCACUCUGAUUGCAGGUAAGACUUGGGCAUGUCUAGACUGAUACCAUUGAAAAGAAGGAGAGGUUUGCGUUUAUGCAACACCUUUCCAGGAGCCUCAAAGUGCGUUACAGCCAGUGAAGUACUUCUGAAUUGUAACGACUGCAGUAAUGUAGAAAAUGUAACAGGCAAUUUUGGCACUUGAUAAAGGUAGAUGAACUAGUUUGGUAAGAUUUGUUGAAGGACAAAAAUUGGCCAAGAAGGAGCAUAUGCCUGCUGGAAAUUGUGCCACAGGAUUUUCUGUGUCUACCUGAGAGUGUAGGUGAGGCUUUGGUUUCAUCUGAAAGGUGAAACCUACAACAGUACAGUAUUUCCCAUAUACUGCGCUGUAAUGUCACCAUAAAUUCUAACGUUCAAUUCACUGAAGUGGGAUCUAAUCCCACAGUUGUUCCAGAAGACAGAAUACUUAAAACUGUUUUACUAACUCCAGCUGCCUUGAAGUAGAGAAGCAUUUCAGGGAAAGGGAGCUUGUUAUAGCCCAAUCACUUAAACAUGUGAAGAUACAGAUGUCUUUAUUGGGAAUUCUUCUGUAGCCCCAAAGUACUGUCCAAGUUGAAUGAUUGGGGAAGCAUACUCUGGAACAUUUAUAAUGUAAUGCAGAAUAUACAUCUGAUUUUUGGAAGAAGAUGUGAAGGUAAAAAUAUGAAAUUUAAUGGAUGAUUUGCAUUAAGUAUAAGAAUUCAGUGCUGAUUUUAAACAUUUUUUGAAUUGUUGGCACCCAAUUAUCUGCAGUAUUGAAAAUAAAUCUCAGUUAAUCACAUCCCUAUCAACUAACUGUUCUAUCUUAAAAUAUAUUCCCAAUUUCAGAUAUAUAGCUAAAUGCAUUGCCUUUUCACAUCUGCUUUUAAGCACAUGUAUAGUACUUUUGUGGAAAGCUGUGGAUUUGUGAGUGCUGUGGGAUUUCAGAUUUUUAUUGGCAAGAUAAAGUUUCAAUUGGGUUGCCAUUGGGGAAAAGUAAAAUAGUUCAUUCAUCAGUUUCUUCCUAUUAUGAAAACUAAAUUAAUGUUUUCAAGAAAGUUAAUGUAUAAAUUAAUGUUAAAUUGCUGCACUUUCUUUUAACUAUCAAUAAUUGUAAAAGAAAUGUUAAGAUCCAUUCUGGGCAAUGGUUUACAUCUUAUGAAAUAAUCUUAAAUUUGUUGGGGUUCUCUUAAAUUAUGGUCAGUACACUUAAGUGUCGUACUUUGAUAGACAUACCAUAUAAAACUAGUUGUCAGUGAAACAGUAAGUGUAACUUGACAACUAUGGUCGUGUAACUUUCUGGUAUCAUUUUAGGGUUUUAAGAUUACCUUCUAAUUUAUUUAUUCAUUCAUUUUGAUCUUUAAGCAGCAUCAGCAAUAUAUUUGCUUCAUUAGAGAUGAAAUUGUACCCCCUUUGUCAUUGUAGCAACUUCAGACAAGCUUAAUCCCAUCACAGUAAAUGAUGGGGAGUACCAAGAGCCCAAUCAGGAGUUUACCAUUCUAGUAAAUUUUGGCGGAGUGCUACUUUUUUGUCACAAAUGAAAACCCAUUGAGGCAGCUGUCUUAUGGCCAAUUGUACAAUUAGACAAUGAUAGAAUGACAGCUAUUUCCAAAAGCAAUUUCUGAAGGUGGAAAUUGUAGAUUACUUGUCUUUGAAAGCACAAUUUCUUCAAUUUACUCUCUACUUUCAGUGGUAUAAACUGUGAAAUCCUCCUUAAUCACUAUUCUCUAUAUCUAUGUUAUUUUGCCCAACAUUCAAAUAAAAUACAGAUUAUUUGCUAAAUCCAGUAACCAUAAAUCAUUGUUAGGUUAAUUUAUCUAAGCAAAAGCAAUGUAGUGUAUGAAAAUGGGAAGGAAUACAGAAAAAAAUCUCCAAAUAACAUUCAAAGUUUUUUGUAUAUUCUUUAAAUCUUUGGAAAUUUUAGGCAAAAUAUUCAACUUGACUAUUAACAAUCAGUGGAUGAAAGUGAUAGAAUAUGGUACAGUUUAAAAGUCAGAUGGCAGAUAACUGGUUAUCAUGGAAAUCUCAGAAUUUUAAUAUAUUUGUGCUCACCAAUGUAGGUGAAGUUAAUGUUUUAACCCUUUGGCUACAUCCUAGAUAUCAGAAACCUUUUCUGAAGCACAGUGUAUUUUCUUGUUCUCAAAUAAAAAGACAGGAAAUAUUUAAGGGUUUCAUGUAUCAAGUUCAGAAAAUUUGCAUAUUCCAAGUAACAGAUAUCUCAAAAAUACAAAUUCGUACAGAUCCUCCCAGUAUUAUGUUUUGGUGUUUUGGAGGUACUUCAAGUUCUUCAAGUUUAAGAUGUGUCUGUGAUUGCUGGUAAUAUAGUGUGGCUCAAAAUAAUAAUAGGACGUAUAGAAAGCUGGUCAUAAUAAAUACCGUGAAGUGAACAAUUUGUUGACUUUCCACCAACUUUUUCAGUUUGGAUAUAGCAGUCACAUGAUGUGUUGCAAAGCAGACAUUGCUCCUAAUUUCUGAACUGGUUUCUAAACCUGAAGAUAUAGUCUAGUUUCUUUUCAGGAAUACAAUAUUGUGCUCCUGAUGUUUUGUUUUCAGACGUAGCCAUGCACUUCUCUAUUUGUUGCCAAAAUACGAUUUCCUCACCAACAAUGCUUUGAAGUUUGUUUUUCUUCAUUUUGAUUCCUAUUUGAUUAAAUUGAUAGUCUAAAGCAUUUCUUUUGUAUUCUAAUGAUUGACCACAGAACUGUAAAGCUGGUGUUAAUUUCUCAAAAUACGCAAUUGAGUCACAGAGAUUUACAACAUGGAAACAGGACUCCCGCCCACCACUUCUAUACCAACCAUCUUGCCUAUCUACAUUAACCCAAUUUACCUGCAUUAAUUCUAUAUCCAUAUCUUGCUCAUUCAAACACUUGUCAAAGUGCUCUCAAACAUUGUUACUGUUCUUGCUUCCACCACCUCCUUUGGCAGAUACCAAUUUCUCUUUGUGUGGAAAAGUUUACCCCUCAAAGCCAUUUAAACUUCCUGUCUCUCACAUUAAGCCUGUAGAUUUUUUUUGCAAAAUACUCAUUUUGAUUAUUAACAAUCAGAGGAUGGAAGAGAUGGUGUAUGGUACAUUUUACAGGGCAAUCCAGAUAAUUGGUUAUCAUGGAAAUCUCAGAAUUUUAAUAUAUUUAUGCUCACCAGUGUGGGUGAAAGUAAUGUUUUAGCCCUCUGACUACAUCCUAAAUGUCAGAAACUUUUCAUGUCCAAUCAUGUUAUUCAUUGGCCUUCUUCACUGCAGGAAAAUCAGACCUACCUCAAGCCCCUCAAUUCAGCCAACACUUUGUGAAUUUUCUGUACACACUCUCUAGGUUAAUCAUGUCUUUCCUAGUUGUCACUUUCCCAGUUGUCCUGUUGUAACGUUGCACUACAUUCUUCAAACCAUCAAUUUUGGUGUUAUCUGCAAACAUAGUGGUCAUUAGUACACAUGACAAACAACAGAGGAUCCAGCAUCAAUACCAGCGGCACACCAUUAGUCACAGGUCUCCAACCUGAAGAACAUUCCUCUGCAUUCUACCAUUAGGACAAUUUUGUAACUAUUUAGCUAACUAACCUCGGAUUGCAUGGGUUCUAACAUUCCACGCCAGCCUAUCACACAGGAUCUUGUCAAAAGCCUUACGGAAGUCCAAUAGACAAUGUCUAUCACCCUGUCUGUGUAGUCUGUGAUGUGAGAGACGUGUUUUUCCCUCAGGCAAACCCAUGCUGACCAUCUCUAAUCAGUCGUUGCCUUUCGAAAUACAAAUGCAGCCUGUCUGUCAGAAUCCCUUUCACUAACUUUCCCACUACUAAUAUAAGGCUUAUCAGCCUGUAGACUUCUUGAGGUUCAGUGCAAUGUAGAAAAUAGGUGAUUGUCUAUUGGCCAGGAAAUGGAGACCAAGAAUAAAUGGGUUAUUUUCAAGUUAACAGGUUUUUACGAAUGGAAUGCAACAAGAAUCAAUGGUUUCCAUUGUAUGUGAUCUAUUUUAAUAGUUUAGCAAAGGAAUAAAAUAUCAUGUUUAUAGGUUCGCUUAAAAUAAAACAUUUGAAAAACAAUACUGAGAUAUGAAAAUGAUGCAAAAGUUUGCAAAGGGGUAUACUGUAGGUUAAGUGGGUGCACAAGAAGGAAGCAGAUGAAAUAAAUAUCAAAGGUUCUGCUUAAUGUUUGUACACAAAAUGUACAAUGUUCAGGUGGAGCUAACAAUUAGUAUAUUGGGACUUUAUCACAGAGAUGUUGCAGACCAUAAAUUAGGAAAUCUUGGUGCAAUUGUACCGGAUGUUGGUGAAACCUUAUCUGAUGAACCAUGUGCAAUUUUUCUUUCUAUAUCAGAGGCUAGAUGUAUUUGUUUAGAGGCAACACAGCAGAAAUUCACCAGAUUGUUUCACGGAAGCAGGUUAUGCCCUAUUUUGAGAACUUUGUGCAGGGUAAUCCUACGCUCACUCGAGAUAAAGCUAAGAGGUAAUUUCACCGAGGUGGAUUGACAAGAUGGAUGAUGAGAAGCUGUUUCCUCUAAGAGUGAAAAGUGUCUUUUAAACCUAAUAUUCGAAAUUCUGUAUUCCAAGGAGAUAUGGAUGCUCAGUCAAUGAUUCAGGGUUCAGGUUAAAAUAUUUCUGUAUAUCAGAAUAAUCAGGGUAUAUGUAAAUAAAACGGGGCAAUGGACUUGAGAAGUGAUCCAUUUAAGUGGCAGAAUAGACUCAAGAAAUCAUACGGCUCCACUAUUUCCUAUCUUCUUUGCACAGUUGUGCAGUGACCAGAACUGCACACAAUACUUGAAGUGUGGCCUAACCAAAGUUUUAUACAGCUGUAACAGGACCUUCCAAUAUUUACAGUCCUUGCUCUAAACAAUGCAGGCAACCAUGCCAUAUGCCUGCUUUACCGCCCUGUCCAUUUGUGUUGCCUCUAUCUGGAAGCCAUGGACUUGCACACAUUGACAUGAUGAGUUACAGACGUACUGAUUCAUUAUGCCCUGAUCUGGAAUGAGGAAAUUUUAAAUAAAUGUUCUCUAGUACUGACUUUUGAGGCCUCCAAUUGACUGUUCUGAUUUGUUUCCAAUUUUAAAAAAUGAGUGUUAUGUAGCUGCAGAGAUAAAAGCAAUGAUUAGUAAUGGAAAGUAAAAGAGGAAUAGAAACAUUAAUGUGCAGGCAUUAUAUAAAAUUAUUCUGAUUUCGAAAGGUCUACAGAUGUACAGCUUUUAAACUGAUGUAUUCAAGAAUCUUAAUACCAUUUUUAUGAUAAUGUUUAAAAGCUGUUUUUGAUCUACAAAUUGUAGUCAUUUUAUGUUACAUUACAAUUCUUUUAAUCACUAAGAUCUUGCCUGGCAAUUUAAACAUUCCAAAGUGAAAAUAACUUUACAAACUUCUUACAUUUUGGCAAGAAGCUGAUAGUAAAUUAUGUACAGAAUUACAGCUUUACAUCUUGUGGUUAUUGUGUUGAUAAUCUUUCCCUAUUACAGUGAUGAACGAAGUGUCAUGUCACAUUCCAUUCCUUAAUUAUUUUUGUUACCUGGCUUCAUAAUGAAAUUUCAAUAGUGUACAAAAUAUCCUCCAGCAUCAUAUAUUUUGAAGUCAGAUAAAAUGCACUUGUAAAGAGGAAGAAGUAGUAGAGAAAGUGUUUUAUGGGACACUAAUUAGGGAACUAAAAAUAAUUGUUUCUAUUAAUAAUCAUUGUGGAUUUCUCAAAAGGAAAAUGUAUGGACCCCACCCAGUUAUAUUCUGUGCAUUCUUUCAGUUGUCAUAUUCCUAUCCAAAUUGCUGUUCACACCCACUAAUCUAAAUAGCUCUCAGUGAUCUCAGGAGGGAGAUGGUGUUACAGAGCUGCUGUUUAAUUCACCCAAGUCUCAGAUUGUGUUUUUUUUUCCCCCUCCCACUGGCAUGAGCACAACUCUGAGUUAAUUGUUGGUAAAAUUUGGGAUUAAAUUUGAUUUGCAUUUACAGGAAAAGCAUUAUUUAUUAGGUGGAUAUUCAAGUUAUUAAUUGUUAAGCGAGAAUCCCACACACACUUUUGGAUCAUAAUGGGCCUCUUGGAGAGAGUAUUGAAGUGUACAACAUUACUGGAUUUAAAGAGACUACCAUGUCUCCAUUUUCAAAUAUGUUUUUCAGGCAAUGCAGCAGAACUAAAUAUUCAUAGAAAUUAUGGUUCCUGACAGAAAAAGCAGGAUUUGAAUUUGAAAUGUUCAACUCCUGUUUUGCCCACAUCCACGAUGUGUUUUACUCAAUUUUAUCACGUUCAAGUGGCAGCUCCAGAUUUAUUUCUCUAGGAUGUUGGGGGGGGGGGGCAUUACAUCAACACGAACACUGUCAGGGACAGGAACUUUGUUAUAUAUGGAGACCGGCAAGAAAUGAAGAAGGGCGAGGGAUGGAGCUUUCUGGUGAUGCAUUGUACUCCAUGGAUUUUGCCAGUGUUCUUAAAACACUAACGUAUAUUUUUAAUUGCUUAUCAGCAGGGCUUGCACACAUUAGUGAAAGGAUUUGUAUUGCAGAAAUGCAUUUUGAUCAAAUCAAGUUGACUUUAUUGCUUUGAAUUGAUCCAGGAACAUGUUUAAGUAGUAGCUAAUCAUUUUGAAAGGUCACUGUUGGAAUUGCAAAAUAAGUAGUGAUAUACAAUACUGUGUGAAAGUCUUAAGCACAUCUGUAUAGCUAGCGUGCUUAAGACUGUGGACACUAUUGUAUUUGCCAACGUGGUGCGGAGAGUGAGUUUGUAAAUCUGGCAGGAGCAAAGGAUGUUGAGAAUGGCGAGGGUGUAGCACCAUGGGAGGGUUUUGGACAGGUGGCAGAGAAGGAAUGCCGGGGCUGGGGUGGUGUGGGUACAGACACACCCGGCCCUGAGAUACCAGCCAAGGCAAUUUGAUUCCAAAUAAUUGGUUUAUUGAUCAUUUCAGAAUUACUUUUUGGUGCUUCCUGCUCUCUCCCCUCUUGCUUCUCCUUUUCCCAACCAUGAUUCUCCUCUCCCUGCCCCCUUCCCACCCUCAUUCCACAAAGGAGACCCAUAUCAGAAUCAAUCUGACCCUCAUUCACAUAUGUCAUGAUUUUUUUUGCUGCAGCAGUGCAGUGCAAAACAAAAAAUUACUACAGUACUGCACAAACAUCUUCG